ACCCUAGAAUCCCAAGCUCAAUCCAAAACCCUAGAUCCUGCGAUUCUCCUCGUUCAAAGCUGCAAUCGAAAUGGGGAAGAAGAAGCCGUUCAUCAACAAGAAGAACUCCGCCACCUUCCACCUCCGUCGCCGCGACACCUCCGCUUCCGACGUCGCCGCCGGAGCUCCGGAGAGCGACCGCGUCUUCGUCCGCGUCGACAACAACCCUUACUCCGUUCGCGGGCUUGAAGACGACGACGAGGUCGAUGGAGGGGAACUGAACGAAGAAUUCGGCCAAGAUUCUAUCUUUGCCGAUGCGCCCGAGGAUGCCGACGAUGUGAGAGACUGGAUCUCCGGUGGCGGCGGCGGUGGUGGUCAUGGAGAGUCACGUGGAGCGAUGCCGGAUCACUUGAGGAGGGAGAUUAUUGAGCUGGGGUUUCCGGAUGAUGGAUACAAUUACUUGCUUCAUCUUAGAGAGAUCAAGAAUGCAGGUGGGGGAUCGACUUACUAUCAUAACAGCAAAGCGAAGCUUGAUCAACUGCCGCUUGAUGUCAAGGCUUAUGAUGCUUCAAGAGUCCAGAUUAGUGGAAAUACUACCAGUGAGUUAAACAAUGACUCACAUUCCUUCCAUAAUGUCACUUCAAAGACGGUUGGCGUGAAGGUACAGAGAGUGAUUGAUCCUGAUGUAGCAAGGUUGCUGGAUGAUAGUGAUUUAUCGAGGUUUGGAUCAGAUGUAGAGGACUUGGAUGAAGAUUUCGUUGUCAAGGCCAAUCUCGCUGAUGGCGAGGAAGAUGAAAAGGUGGUAGUGGAAGGAAAAGGAGCGGCUAGUUUUGAAAGGGACGCUCUUGAAGGAGAAGAUAAUAAAUUUGCUAAUGCUGAUGGGGAUGAUGAACUAGAAGUCAGUGCCAAGCCUAGAAUUCGUAGGCUUCUUGAUGAGCAAUUUGAUUUGCUUACCCUUCGGGAAUAUGAUGAUGACAGUGACGACAAUGAUGCUUGUUAUAUGGGUAAUGACGAUGGACCUCUUGCUGCCAAGAUUAGUGAUGCUCUCAAGCCAUAUGGAAUGAACAAUUUGCAACUGGAGCACAAAUAUAGAGUUCCAGCAGAUUUGGAGCAUGACAAUGAGGGAUCUGAUGUUGGUGUAGAAGUAGUAUCCAGUGAUGUAAUUCAAAAGUGUGUCGAAUAUGCUGAAAAAUAUUGUAAUGAGAGCCAAGAUGAUAAAGAUGUGGUCUUAGUUGAAGAAAGUAGUGAAGAAUCCGAAGUGUGGGAUUGCGAGACAAUUGUUUCAACUUAUUCCAAUCUUGACAAUCAUCCAGGGAAAAUACAAGCUCCAGGAAAUCCCAAAAGAAGAGUUCCUAAACACUUCCCUGGUGAUUCAGCUUUAUCUGGUAACGUAAUCACACUUGGAGGAAAGGCAAAACUCCCGAUUGAGUUUUUACCUCAGAGCAGAAGGCCUGUUGAAAAAGCAAAAGCAGCCGUGAAAAGCUCAGGUACUGACGGGCAAAAGAGGAGACCUGGUGAGGAGUCAAAGGAGGAAAAGAAAGUGCGCAAGGCCACUGUAAAAGAAGAAAGAAGAGAAGCACGGCGGACAAAGAAAGAAUUGAAGUCAUUGUACAAAUGUGAAGCGCAAAAGGCUCAGAAAGUUGCUGCUAUUGCAGGACCAUCUUCUGUCCACCUUAUGUAAGUGAGUGUCAUCAGACAGGAUUGCGUUAUAUUCAAGGCAAUCAGGCAGCGCAGAUUAUAAAGGAAUCGAAGUUGAUACUUCGAGAUUUGCUGAUAUUUAUAGUUGAUACCUUUGUAACGGGUUUACUGUGUAGGACAGCGGCUUGAUUUUACGCAUGUUAUAGUAGAUGUUUUCUAGUUUCUCGGCAAAUGUAAUGUGUCAUUAGAAAAUGCACUCUUGAUGAUUGCAGAGGAUUUGAGAAUUUUCUUCUGUACCCAUAUUUUGACUUGAUGUAAUCUUUCCCUUGUCUGCAUGAGCGCAAUAAUUUUGUUUCCACUUCCUGAAGGUCUUUUAUUUUGAUUCCUAUGAGACACGCUACACAUCAAUUUUGUACCAGUACAAUGUAAACCUUAUAGUUGCGCUCCGAUCUUGGUAUUUAUUUGAUCAGAUUUGUUC